CCUCCCCCGCCGGGCUCCACGGUACCGCAUUGGCAUCAGUAAAGGCACCUGAACACCGGCGAGUAACACCAGAGAAGGCUGCUUUCCACAUUGCAGCUCCUUUAAAAAAGGAGAGACAGAAAGGAAAACACAGAAGGAACCUGUGGCUCACCUUGUUUGUCGUGCGUAAAGCUUUUGCGCACAGCGCCGAGCCGCCUCGGAGUGUGGAAAAAAGGUGCGUCGAGCAUCAGAGCGCGGUGCCAGGAUGCAUAAACGGAGCGGCGCCGUCUGAAGGUGACAUGAACCUGGAGAUAAUCAAGAGCAUCAGCCGCACACUAAACAAAAAGUGGAGAUAGCAACUGAGAAACCGUCGGUGUCUUGAAACCAAACUUUCCCUCCCGUGGCUUUCAUCUCAUGUAGAGAAAAGGGAGCUGCAGUCCAAAGUAGCCUCGUUUUAACUGACUGGAGAAGAAAAUAAACUCUAAUCAAGCAAAGGACAAUUUAGAGUCAGCAAAGAAGCAACAAUGGCGACUUUAAUCAGAGGCAAGCUCUCUAACAAACUGUCAAACGCAGCCACGGCGGUGUCCAACAAAUCCCAGGCAAAGGUGAGCGGGAUGUUCGCCAGGAUGGGGUUCCAGGCCGCCACCGACGAUGAGGCGUUGGGCUUCGCCGCCUGCGACGACCUGGAUUACGACCACCGACAGGGCAUGCAGAUGGACAUUUUAACUUCCGAUGAGAUCGGAGGCGAAGGGAGCGGCGACGGAGACGCGCUGGAUGGGGACAGCCACUACCAGAGGGACGGCACCGGUCCACCGUUGUCUGCCUCCAAGGACGGAGGUCCGACCAACGAGCUGAGUGAAGUCAGACCAAAAAUCACCGCAUGGGAGGCGGGUUGGAACGUGACAAACGCGAUCCAGGGGAUGUUUGUUCUCGGGUUGCCCUACGCCAUCCUGCACGGAGGAUACCUCGGACUCUUUCUCAUUAUCUUCGCCGCCGUGGUGUGCUGCUAUACGGGCAAAAUCCUCAUCGCCUGCCUGUACGAGGAGGACGAAGACGGGCAGCUGGUCCGUGUCAGGGACUCCUAUGUGGACAUUGCCAAUGCCUGCUGCGCGCCCAGAUUCCCGAGUUUAGGAGGCCACGUGGUGAAUGUAGCCCAGAUCAUAGAGCUGGUGAUGACGUGCAUCCUGUACGUGGUGGUCAGCGGUAACCUCAUGUACAACAGCUUCCCGAACUCGCCCCUUUCCCAAAAAUCGUGGGCCAUCAUCGCCACCGCCGCUCUCCUUCCCUGCGCCUUCCUCAAGAACCUGAAAGCCGUCUCCAAGUUUAGCUUGCUGUGCACGCUGGCGCAUUUUGUCAUCAACAUCCUGGUGAUAGCCUACUGCCUCUCGCGGGCCAGGGACUGGGCAUGGGAUAAGGUCAAGUUUUACAUCGAUGUCAAGAAGUUCCCCAUUUCCAUUGGGAUUAUCGUUUUCAGCUACACCUCGCAGAUCUUCCUGCCGUCCCUGGAGGGGAACAUGCAGAAACCGAGCGAGUUCCACUGCAUGAUGAAAUGGACUCACAUCGCUGCCUGCAUCCUCAAGGGCCUGUUCGCACUGGUGGCCUACCUGACCUGGGCUGACGAAACCAAGGAGGUCAUCACAGACAACCUGCCCCCAACGAUCCGAGCUGUUGUCAACAUCUUCCUAGUGGCCAAAGCUUUGCUCUCGUACCCGCUGCCGUUUUUCGCCGCUGUCGAAGUUUUAGAGAAAACCUUUUUCCAGGAUGGGGGACGCACGUUCUUCCCGGACUGCUACGGAGGCGACGGACGCCUUAAAUCCUGGGGACUGACUCUCCGAUGUAGCCUUGUUGUGUUCACCUUGCUCAUGGCGAUCUAUGUGCCACACUUUGCCCUGCUCAUGGGCCUUACGGGCAGCCUUACGGGCGCUGGCCUCUGCUUUCUGCUUCCCAGCAUCUUCCACCUCAAGCUUCUAUGGAGAAAGCUGCAGUGGCACCACGUUUUCUUUGACGUCUCCAUCUUUGUCAUAGGAGGUAUAUGCAGCAUAUCCGGUUUCAUCCACUCGCUGGAGGGGCUCAUAGAGGCUUUCAGAGACAACAUAGAAGACUAGACGCGAUGCCAUUGUUGGAACUAGGUGUUAAAACUGCAAAUCCCACCCCCUAUCCCUCCCCAUUCAGUGAAAACAAACACACGGCGAGCACUGCUACCCCCUUUCUGCUUGAUAUUCAUGCGUAAAAGCGCGCACAGUGCACAUGUGGGUAUUUUCAUGCAUCCUCUCUCUCGCGCGCGCACACACUAACACACGCAAAUAACGUUUAUGGCAGGGAGGGAUUCAGACGCAUCCACGAGGACAGACAUAACUUAUAUACAUAUGCGAACAUACAUUUUUUCCCUAGUGGAGUGAACGUUUACAAUUUUAAAUAAGGUUGCAAAAUGGGCAGUUCAUUUUGCCUGUGCGUCGCUAGUGCGGUACUUCCCCACAUGGGGCUUUGUGUUUGUGAUUUAACGAUUAGACACGCUCAAUUUAAAGGAAUAGAAGGUUAAAAAUGGACUGAUUGGGGCGUUAAAGCCUGGAAAAAAGCUCCAGAGAAAAGCAAAAGCUGCAAUAGUUACAGGAAAAACGUGGCUGCAUCGAGAAGGAAAAAUAUGAAAAAAAUCUGCAUAUUCUCAAAUAAAAUCCUUGCAAAGUAACUUAUAGGAUGAUAAACAGCAGCUAUACAAACUAUGCAUUGAAUGUACGAAAAAAAUAAACUGGGAGGUUGAAAUAUUAUUAUAAAACUCUAAAAUUUAGAUGAAUUCCUUUAUGUUCAUGCUUUGGUAGGCCUUCUCCACACACUUUUAUGUUCUGAGCUUUUCAAUAAGCAAUAAUAAUAAUAAUAAAAAUCCCUUCAUCAUGGCCUAACCUAUCCAUGUGGAGACCCUGAAAUCAAAAUACUGCACACUCGAUCUGCAUUUUAGAUCCACAAGGCCUGUUUCCUGAGAUUAAUAAUAAUGCAAAAGAACUUAUCCUGAAAAUCCGAUGUCUAAGAAAAAGAGGAUUUAAAAGAAAUGUGAGAUUGUCAAAGAGGAAAAUGUGCAUACAGACAUUUUUCAUUCUGUGCAAUCCAAUGGGUCCUGUGGAAAUGUUAUUAAAAACCGUAUGUGUAAUGUGUUAUUGUGGUUUCAACAAGAUGGAAUGUAUAUCUCAAAGUGGUUAUCAUAUAUUGUGAAAUUAAUAUUGAAGAAUAAAGAAAUAAGUGAAAUUA